AUGGCACCUCAACUAUUAUGGAUCGGUUUAGGGAACAUGGGGCGGGGGAUGGUGAAGAAUCUGGUAGAGAAAGGCAACCUCGAGAAGCCCUUGCUUUUAUACAACCGAACCAGAAAGCGUUCCGAGGACGUGGCAUCUAAGCUUCCCGCGGGAAAGACUGAGAUCAUCGAUUCUAUCGAGGAGGGCGUCAAGAAGGCCGACAUAAUCUUCGUCAUCCUUUCUAACGACGCUGCAGUCCAGAACGUCUUCGACACCAUUCUUAAAGUUGACGUAACGGGCAAGCUGUUCAUUGAGUGCUCUACGAUUCAUCCAGACACCGCACAAAAAGCCGCCGACUCAGUAGCAGAGAAGGGGGGCGAUUUCAUUGCGAGUCCUGUUUUCGGAGCGCCAGCAGCAGCCGAAGCAGGCCAGCUUGUUUUCGUUCCCGCAGGAACCAAGUCUGCUAUCGACAAGAUACGACCCUAUAUCAAGGGCGUAAUGGGCCGGGCAGAGAUUCCAUUCGAGGACCAGCCGCCAGCGAACUCGCUAAAGCUUAAGCUACUCGGAAAUACCUUCAUCGUGAACAUGGUGACGGUAUUAGGUGAGGGCUUCGCAACGGCAGAGAAGAUCGGUAUCGGUCCCGAGCCACUAAAGCAGUUUAUCGACCAGCUAUACGGUGGCAUAUACAGCGUUUACUCUGAGCGCAUGCUAAAUGGCACCUAUUGGAAGAUGGAAGAACCGCUCUUCUCAGCUAACAACGCACUUAAAGACGCGGGCCACGCCUCAAACUUGGCAAAGAGCGGAGGCGCCGAGCUCAAGCUGCUGAGUGUCUCUCAAAACUACUUGAAGAGUGUCGCCGAGCACGCGGGAGGUGAUAAGGGCGAUAUUGCGGGAAUCUACGGCGCAGCGAGGAAGGACUAUGGGUUGAAGUUUGAGAACGACGCAUAA